CCGUUUGACGAUAAACUCCUCGUCCCCAUAGAGACAGGCUCCGAUAACAGGCUGUCCAGGUACCGUUACACUGGUCCACUCCUACGGGCAUUGGCAGUCUCAAUAUGAAACAGCCGGCUUUGGGACAUUAAUAAUUUCCUCGAAAACAGACUUCCGGAUGGUUGCCAAGCUGAUUUUCUAUUACUGGAUUAAGGACCAUCAGCCACCAGCAGCUUUAUCCUGAGAGGCCGGAGAUUUGUGUCGCUGGACAGGGAGGAGUCCUCCGUUAUUUUACCGUUAGCUGAAGCCAGGCCAGCGUGUCUGCGUUUAAACAACACACCCAUCUCCAAAGCUGUGGUGAGGACCAAAUGAGCUCUUAGAGUUGAUCAUCACUGUAUGCACAUAAACGGCGUUUGGGUGGGAUUUAAAAGAACCUGCCUAUGAAUCUUGUUGACUGACAGCUCAGACCCCUGCAGCGUUAGCAGGUCAGACGAGGAUGGAUGUGGAGGUGAGUGCUGCCAGGAGCAGCACCCGGAGAAGAGCACCGGCAGCAGGAGAUGAUGAUGGAGGAGGAGGAGGUCUGGGGGCGCAGGUUGUACCGCUGGAGCGGUACGACUCUGCAAGAGCCAAAAUAGACGCAAAUCUUCGCUGGUUGUUUGCAAAAGCCUAUGGUGUAGAUCACAUCCCUGCAGACCUGCAAGACCCUUUCUACACUGACCAGUAUGAGCAGGAGCACAUCAAGCCCCUCAUCAUCCGCCUGCUACUGACUGGAGAGCUCUACUGCCGGGUCUGUGGUCUCAUCUUUCAUGCUGAGCAGGCUCCCUCGCUCCAGAGCCACCAGUCUGUCAUCCAGGCCCUGUCCAGGAAAGGCAUCUAUGUCCUAGAGGAGGACAACACACAGGUCUCAGAUCUGGACCUCAGCUCAGCUCCCAUAAAGAUGAGCUCCCACAUCCACCUCAUUGAUGCCCUGAUGAUGGCCUAUACAGUGGAGCUGAUCAGCAUAGAGAAGGUUGUGUCCAGUGUCGAGCGCUUUUCAAACUUCAGUGCCUCCACGGAGAUGCUUUUUGACCUGGAAGAUGCAAUGGUCUUUUGGAUCAACAAGGUGAACACAAAAAUGAGGGAGAUCAUAGAAAAAGAGCUGAAAAUGAACCAACAUCUGCACGAGUCACCCAGUCAGCAGAAGUCUCCCUCCAAAUGGUACUGGAAGCUUGUACCUCCUGAUACAUUGCAUGCUCGUUGCAUUUUGGAGCCUCUGGAGUUCUCUCGUGUGGUGCGUUAUAGCAGAGAUCACCUGUCAGGUCGGACACCGCAGCACUUCCCCCGGUUGGAUGACCUGUUGAAGGACAUCAGUGACGGCAUGGCUCUGCUGGUUGUGAUCCACUUCUAUUGCCCAGAUGUCAUUAGACUGGAAGAUAUCUGUCUGAAAGAGGUUCCCUCCAUAGCAGACAGUGUGUACAACAUCCAGCUACUAAAGGAGUUUUCUAAUGAGUACCUGAACAAAUGCUUCUGUCUGAAGCCUGAGGACAUGCUGUAUUCACCCCCAGUACUGAAGAAUAAUGUGAUGGUUUUCAUUGCUGAGCUUUUCUGGUGGUUUGAGAGUGCGAGGCCAGACUUUGUACAGCCCAGGGACCUUCAAGAAAUCAGAGAUGUGAGAUUGCUGCUGCAGCCUAAGAGUUCACGAACCCAUGUACCCAUCUCCAGCGUCACCAAACGUAGUUUCCUGACAUCAUCAAACUCUACUGAUGUCUUGACCACACCCCCAAGUCCUAACCUCAGCACCAAAUCAAGCUCAAAUCCAUCUCAGUCCUUAAUGCCCCUGAGACAGAAACAGCAGAGGGUGGUUGAGGAGAGAAAGUCAGAGCUGAUAAACAGACCCAUCUCGCUGAUGUGUGCCGAUGGACAGCACCAGGGUUCAGUACUGUGCCGGCCAGAAAAGAGGCCGAGGCCUUUAUCUCAGCCAGUGCCCUAUGCCCUGCAUUUUCCCCUGGAGGAUGAUCCAGACAGGAUCAGCCUCACUUGCUCCAUCAGCAAAGACAGUUUGGCUUCUAACAUCCUGAACAUUACCCCCAAAUAUAUGUUGGGUUCGGGUCCCCACAUGCCUCAGCACAAACUCAGUGGUCAAAGCCUGUUUAGUCACAUGCGCAUAGAAGAUGAAGAGGAGGAAGUAGAGGAAGAGGAAUUGGUUGCUCUAAUCCACCCUUCAGCAUUUUCUCGACAUCGACAUGGGAGUGAUAUGGAGCAGGAUGAACUGGAAAUUCAAAGUGCAACUUCUGCCUCAAGGGUUUCUAAUACUCGUUAUUCUUCCCACCUUGAUACAGGUGCUAUUACAGUGGACCAACAAGCAGACAGCUACUAUCUGGAGCCUUUGAUGCCUGCUGUCCUUAAACCAGCCAAAGAGAAAAGCAUUAGCCUGAACAAGGAGGAGGAGAGUGGUGAGAGUCACAGUAGAGCACUAGUAGCUGCUAGGAAAGGAGUCACCAAUGUCCCAAGCACCUCACAGAGGAAAGCCCCUGUAGCUGAUUCACAAAGAAGCACCUUUGUACCCAUACCUGUUUCAGAAUCCAUCCCUAGCUCUCUCAGGCCACCCACAGAAGAGUCAGUAAGCAUCUGUCAGUCUGGGAGUAAACAGUCCCAAGGCUUUUUCCUUCAUUUGUCAGGAGAGUCAGACAGCCACAGUCAUUUCUCCAGUGGACUGGAGGUAGGCCACAACUCAGACUCUGACAUUACAGACCUGGAGGAAGAUGAGGAGGAGGAUGAAGAGAUGGACCUGAUUAAAGAAGUGGAUAAGAGAGGAAAGGGGAAAUACUUAGAGGAGGGAGAAUUGUAUGAAUUUGUAGAGGGUGAAUCAACCAAGCUGAGAGAAGACUUGAAGCUAAGUGAGCGGGACGAUAAGGAAGAUGGCAGUAGAUGCUCAAGCCCUUGCCUCAGUACCAUAUCCUGGGUAAGUAGCUGCAGUGCUUCAGGCAGCACCAGUGUUAAGAUGACCAGCUUUGCAGAGAAAAAGCUCCUUAAACUUGGUCUCCGUGAUGGCUUCUCAAGUACCAGCAGCUCCCAGAAGACCACACCUGAUGGCUCUGAGAUUAGCCCUUGCCCUCCCUGGCAGCUGAGGAUUGAUAACAGCUCAGGGUGGCUAGGGAAGGACCCCGGAUCUGUGUUGGGGAAAAAUCUGAUGGAGAGUCCCCCAGUGGUGUCUUCAGAGCAGCUGCAACUUCACAUGCAGCUGGAAGAGCAAAGACGUGCUAUUGAGUAUCAGAAGAAGAAGACAGAGACCCAAUCAGCACGGCAGAGACUAAAGCUAGGCAAAGCUGCAUUCUUGAACAUCGUCAAAAAGGGUGGAGGGAAGAGUGAUACUCUUCCUUUGCCAUUGAAACACUCCCGGGAAUACUCAGAAAAAACUGCUGUUGACAGGAGUAAAAUAAAGAACCAGUCCUCAUGGGAUGACUCUUGUCUUGAUGCUCUGAAGGUCCAGGUGAAGGCAGGACAACCAGAGGGAGGCCAGCUAAACAGAGACAACAGAUUAAACCUUCUGUCCCAGGAUAAUGGGGCUGAACCUGACCUGAAUGAGCAUUCUCACCCCAUAGAUGUACUCAGUGAAGUUAUCAGCUCCAUUCAGCAGCAGAUGAUGCAGCUCUCCUUACAGCAAAACCUGCUGAUGAAGCAGAGCGUGGUCUCACCUCCAGACUUUAUACAAUCAGGCGCUGGCACAAACCCAAACACGACACAAACAACAUCCUCUACCUCAGACUCCAGAUCUUAUGCAGCUCACUUUGUUGAUAUCAGUGGCAGCAAUGCUGUCCCUGCUUGCCGUCCUCCCAAGCUUAGCUCAGGCCAGCGUAGUAAAGCCUCAGACAGAAAACAAAAUAAAGAGAACAGCAAAUUGAAGUCUGUAAAGUCUAUUAAUCAAUCCUUAGAGAGCAUGCCUUCUCCUAGAGAAAAUACCAGCAGAGAUCAGGAGACAGGUGUUAAUGUUGAGAGCUCCAGGGUAGAGGGGAACAUUCAGCGAAACACCACCUUCAGAGUCCAUGGUGGUACUGGACAAGGAACUGGGCACUUCGCAGACAAACCCCAAUCAGAGGACCCACCAGCCAUCUCCAGUACGCCCACAUCUCCAUCACAGGCUGCAGAACAAGAGAAGAAUAAAGCUCACAGCUCAGGAAAAGAGGCUCUUGGUGGAGAUGAGAUUGCUAGGGUCAAGGGUCAACUGAUUGAGGUCGACCUAUCAGAGCUUAAGGAUCCACUGGAGGAUGGCAGUGCAGAUGUUACAGACUGUGCAGCAGAGGGUGAGCAGAAGAACGUGCUGGGUUUCUUCUUUAAGGGUGAUGAGAAGGCAGAGGAUGAAAUGGCGAAACGUCGUGCUGCCUUCCUGCUCAAACAGCAGCGCAAAGCUGAAGAGGCGAGACUACGUAAACAACAGCAAGAAGCCGAGACCGAGCUCAAACGUGAUGAAGCCAGACGAAAGGCAGAAGAAGAGCGUAUUCGUAAGGAAGAGGAGAAGGCACGACGAGAGUUAAUUAAACAGGAAUACCUGCAGAGGAAGCAGCAAGCAUUGAUGGAAGAGCAGGGUCUGGUCAAGCCUCGCCCACGGACUAAACCUGGCAGGAACAGGCAUAAAUCACUGCACCGUGAAGAGUCCAACAGCCUCUCCAAAGGAUCCACCACACGUAAGCACGCCACAGAUUUUGCUGAUUUGAGCUGUAGUCAUCGAGGGUCGACGCUUUCUUUGGCGACUGAAGCAGACAGUGUCAUCUCUGGAGGGGCAGAGUCACAGAGGGCUGGAUCAGUGUGCUCUAUGGAUUCAUUCCCUGUGCUAAGCAGAGCAUCUACUAGGAACAAGGAGAGGGACUGGGAGAAUGGCUCCAUUGCCUCAUCUUUCACUUCAACAGAGUACAGUGGUCCUAAACUCUUCAAGGAACCGAGCACCAAGUCUAACAAACCAAUCAUCAUCAAUGCCAUCGCUCACUGCUGCCUGGCUGGAAAGGUCAAUGAGGCCCAGAAGAAUGUUCUCCUCGAGGAGCUGGAAAAGUGUGAAUCCAAUCACCUGAUCAUCCUCUUCCGUGAUGGUGGGUGCCAGUUCCGCGCCAUUUACUCAUACUCACCGGACACUGAGGAGAUUGUCAAGUUCACAGGCACAGGGCCACGCACUAUCAGCGGGAAGAUGAUCGACAAACUCUACAAAUACAGCUCGGACCGCAAGCAGUUUACCGUCAUCCCAGCCAAGAGUGUGUCGGUCAGCGUGGACGCCCUGACCAUCCACAAUCAUCUCUGGCAGGUCAAGAGACCGGGGAGUGCACGGAGGAAAUGAGACCAAGGAGCAGAGAAAGAAAAUUUGACACGUGUUACGCUUUCUGUUCCAACUACUGAUGUUGGCCAGGGCCCAAUAAUCCUGGAGAUAAUUGAUGUGAUCUUUGUGAAUGAUACAUUAUUAAAGAGGGAGAGAAGAACAAAA